AUGAAAUCGGAUUACAGUAACAAUAGCUGCAGAUUCUGGUUGGAACGAAUAAAGAGGGAAAAACCCGCCCAUUUGACGAUAACUUCCUUGGAACUUCCGGAUUGCCCUAUUCCACUGGUGGACUCUCAAGCAAGUGCACGUUGGAGAUGUGCAGAAUCACCGAGGAAUCCCGAGAAAGAUGUCAUUUUGGAUGAGUUGAUAGAGAGUGUCUCGAAGGCAGGGAGAGGCAGGAAGAACGUCAAGAGUGCUGAUCAGAGUGUUUCUAAGGCGAUUCAGAGAAGUAGACGACAGUUUAUCGAUUCUGCCGAGUGUCAGGGUACUCUUGGUAGCCUUGAAGCGUGCACGAAGAGUAUUGCGGAAGGUCCACCUCGGGUGAUAAUCGCUAAUUCAAGUGAAUCUAUCAAGGACUGCAUCUGCUCAGAAAUUACGGAGAAUCUGAGGAUCAACAUUCGUGAAGAAACCGAGGUCAAGCAGCCGUCCCCACGAAGUCCAAGUCCGGAAGUGACUCACACCAUAAGGAUUGCUAUGAAAUACCUUGGUCAAUCUCAACGUCAGCCAGAAGCAAUCGGAAAUGAUGGAACAAGAACACCAAAAGACACUCCCAAAGACAUGAAAAGUGAUGACUCCAAGGAAGGAAAUGAAUGUGGUGUCAAUGUAGCAUUGGACUUUACCCUCAAUUGCUGCAGUCUUCAAAUUACAUCUAGAGAUAUCACAUUAAAACCUACCACUAAUGAUCGCAAGAAUUCAACCUAA